UGUGGGGGCCUCCUGGAGCCUUCUGAGUCGUCCUUUGGGGCUCUAACCUCCAGGUACCUGACUUAGUCGUGAGGUGUGACCGUUCCAGCUCCUAGCGUCAGGUUGCUGACUUACCUAAACUCCCUGAUAGUAUCCGUAGCUUCAAACCUGUUUUGAGUCUCGGUGUUGUCGAGAAUCCGACGAGGCAUGGCGGAUCGCCUGACGCGAAUCGCGAUCGUGAGCAGCGAUCGCUGCAAGCCCAAGAAGUGUCGCCAGGAGUGCAAGAAGAGCUGCCCGGUCGUCAAGACUGGCAAGCUGUGCAUCGAGGUCAGCUCCUCCUCCAAGCUCGCCUUCAUUUCCGAGGAGCUCUGCAUCGGUUGCGGUAUCUGCGUCAAGAAAUGUCCGUUCGACGCGAUCGAGAUCAUCAAUCUGCCCAAGGACCUCGACAAGGACACCACGCACCGCUACGGCCCCAACACCUUCAAGCUGCACAGGCUGCCAGUGCCGCGGCCAGGCCAGGUGCUGGGACUGGUGGGCACCAAUGGCAUUGGCAAGUCCACAGCGCUCAAGGUCCUCGCAGGGAAGCUCAAGCCCAACCUUGGGCGGUUCAGUAACCCCCCCGACUGGCAGGAGAUCCUGACGUACUUCCGCGGGUCAGAGCUGCAGAACUACUUCACGCGCAUCCUGGAGGACAACCUCAAGGCCAUCAUCAAGCCGCAGUACGUGGACCACAUUCCCAAGGCGGUGAAGGGGCAGGUGGGCGUGGUGCUCACUGAGAAGGAUGAGCGGGAGGCCAAGGACGAGCUCGCGGAGAUUCUCGAACUCAAGCAGGUCUGGGACCGCGAGGUGGAGCAUCUAUCCGGAGGCGAGCUGCAGCGGUUUGCCAUUGGGGUGGUGGCGGGGCAGCUGGGCGACAUCUACAUGUUCGACGAGCCCUCCAGCUACCUCGAUGUGCGGCAGAGACUCAAGGCAGCUCAAGUCAUCCGCUCGCUGCUUAGGCCAGACAGAUACGUCAUCGUGGUCGAGCACGAUCUCAGUGUGCUGGACUACCUCUCGGACUUCAUCUGCUGCCUCUAUGGCAAGCCGGGGGCAUACGGCGUGGUCACGCUGCCCUUCUCAGUGCGCGAGGGCAUUAACAUCUUCCUCGCGGGCUUCGUGCCGACGGAGAAUCUCCGGUUCCGAGAUGUGGAGCUCACCUUCCGGGUGGCAGAAACCCCUGUGGAGAAUGCGGACGAGGCUAAGACGUACAACCGCUACAAGUACCCGCGUAUGAUUAAGAAGCAGGGCGGCUUCAAGCUCAGUGUGGAGCCUGGGGACUUCACGGACUCGCAGAUCGUGGUCAUGCUGGGGGAGAACGGCACGGGCAAGACCACCUUCAUUCGUAUGCUGGCCGGUCUCUUAAAGCCUGAUGUGGAUGAAGAAACCGGCAAGGAGCCAGAGGAGCUGCCUGAGUUCAACGUGUCGUACAAGCCGCAGAAGAUCUCCCCCAAGUUCCCGCACAGCGUGCGCGCGCUGCUGCACUCCAAGAUCCGAGACUCCUUCCACCACCCGCAGUUCAACACCGACGUGCUGCGCCCCAUGCAGAUCGACCCCCUGCUCGACCAGGAGGUGGUGAAUCUGUCUGGGGGUGAGCUGCAGCGCGUGGCCAUCACGCUCUGCCUUGGAAAGCCCGCUGACAUCUACCUCAUCGACGAGCCGUCAGCCUAUCUCGAUUCGGAGCAGCGCAUCGUGGCGGCGAAGGUGAUAAAGCGGUUCAUCCUGCACGCGAAGAAGACGGCGUUUGUGGUGGAGCAUGACUUCAUCAUGGCAACUUACCUCGCUGACCGGGUCAUCGUGUACGAGGGGCAGCCCUCCGUCGACUGCACGGCGCGCACGCCUCAGUCCCUCAAUAGUGGGAUGAACCUCUUUCUCUCGCAACUGGACAUCACGUUCCGGCGGGACCCCACCAACUUCCGGCCGCGCAUCAACAAGAUCGACUCCAUCAAGGACCGCGAGCAGAAGUCGGCCGGCACCUACUACUACCUUGACGAUUAAACCGCAUAGAUAAACCACUGGAUGGAAGCUACACUCUUGAAAGCUACCCUUUUAGAAGCCUCUCUCACAUGUUGCGGUAGAUGUGUUUAGAAGGGAGUCAUUGGCUCGUUUUGUUCGACAGGGCGAGGCUGUUGCUGCUGAUGAGGAAGGAGGGAGUCCAGUAGAAUGGAAACUGGAGCAAGUCCCCAAGGAGUCUGCAGUGGACACCUUGGGCCAUUUGUCUGUUCUGCUUACCGGUAUGCUAGGUUAGAGAUUUAUGGCUGGAGCUUCAGAAAGCCUGUCUGAAGAGUACCAUAAAUAGAGUAUCAUAAUUAAGAGAGUUGGUCACA